AUGCAGGCAUCGGGAGGCAGUGUGAAGCCUUUUGUCCACUUCAAUGCUAAGCAGGAUGCAGAGCUGCUCUACAAGGCCAUGAAAGGCCUUGGAACGGAUGAAGGCACCAUCGUCAUGCUCCUGACCUCCCGUUCCAAUGACCAGCGGCAGCAAAUCAAAGUGGCGUACAAGAAAUCUCACAGCAAGGACCUUGUUAAAGAUUUAAAGUCUGAGUUGGGCGGAAAGUUGGAGGAUCUCAUCUUUGCUUUAAUGAGCCCGCCGGCAUCCUACGAUGCUAAUGAGCUCCACAAAGCCAUAAAGGGUGCAGGGACGGAGGAUAAUGUCCUGAUUGAGAUCCUGGCGUCUAGGACUCCUGAAGAGAUGAAGGACAUCAUCAAGGCUUACAAAAAAGACCAUGGUGGCAAGCUGGAGAAGGACAUCAUGGGAGACACGUCAGGCCACUACCAGAAGAUGCUCGUGACUCUCCUGCAGGCGAACAGAGAGGAAGGGGUGGACGAGGCGAAAGUCGAGAAGGAUGCGAAGGAGCUGUAUUCUGCGGGAGAGGAGAAGUUUGGCACAGACGAGGGCAAGUUUGUCAACAUCCUCAGCACCCGGAGUGUUGAGCACCUGCGAGAAGUGUUUGACGCCUACAAAAAGAUUGCUGGGUGUGAGAUUGAGGAGAGCAUCAAGGACGAGUUCACAGGAAAUGUGGAGAAGGUGUUGCUGGCCGUGGUGAAAUGUAUCAGAAGUGUUCCUGCCUACUUUGCCGAAUGUGUCCAUGACAGCAUGAGUCGUGCGGGUACAGACGACAAGACUCUGAUCCAUAUGGUGUCCAGGAGUGAGGGUGACACUGACAUCAGAACCCACCACAUGCGCCUGUACCGCCAGACCCUCUACAAUACCAUAAAGGAGGAUACAGCAGGGGACUACCAGAAGGCUUUGCUCUACCUGUGUGGAGGAAAUGACUAAUGAUUCCUGUGGGGAAAUCUGGCCUUACUGUCAUCUGUCAGUCUGAAGAAAUCCAGUUUGAGUUCAAUUUCUGUCUGCUAUUCUAGCUCUCCAAACGUAUUCUUCUUUGAUUACUUUUAGAUGACAUUGAAAUAUUUUAUUGGAUAUUUGAAUUGAAAAGUAAUUGCUCAUUGAAGGCAUUCACAGUGUGACCAUACAUAUCAUGGCAGGAGUGUAGAAUGAUUCAAUCAAUAUAUAACAACAAGUACUUAACCACGGCAGUUACAAAGAAGUUAUAAUAUAUUGUAAAGCAGUCAUGGGUAAACAAAAG